AUGACAUUGACCGAAGCCAAGCCGAAAGUGCUCCUUAUUGGAAAUAUCGACCACGCGCAAAAAGCCUGGAUUGCAUUGGGUGCAUCGGCAGAGCUGAUCGAAUCAACAGCAACGCAGCGAACCGAGUUCAUUCAAGAGUGCAAAGACGGCAAGUUCGAUGGUGUGAUCGCGUUAUACCGAUCCAUCCCCUCUGUGCCUCUUACAGGUGUAUUUGACGAGGAGCUUUUGAACGUGCUACCCAAGUCGCUUCGAUUCAUUGCGCAUUGUGGAGCUGGCUAUGACCAAAUAGAUGUCCAUGCCUGUAGUGCGCGCAGCCCUCCCAUUCGAGUCUCUAAUGUUCCAACUGCAGUGGAUAAUGCCACUGCUGACGUGAACAUGUUUUUGAUUCUUGGGGCGUUGCGCAAUUUCAACACAGGCAUGAAUGCCCUUCGACAGGGUAAAUGGCGUGGUCAGCCUGCACCACCUCUGGGUCAUGAUCCUCAAGGCAAGACUCUUGGGAUCUUGGGGAUGGGUGGAAUUGGACGGAAUCUGAAGAAGAAAGCCGAGGCUUUUGGUAUGAAGGUUGUUUAUCAUAAUCGCCGAGAGCUCGGCGAUGAGCUGGCCGCAGGAGCUCAGUAUGUUUCUUUUGAUGAGCUGCUGUCCACCAGCGACGUUAUCAGCUUGAACCUGCCUCUGAAUAAAAACACCCGUCAUAUCAUUAGCAAAGCCGAGUUUGCUAAGAUGAAAGAUGGCGUGGUUGUGGUCAACACUGCCCGUGGUGCCGUCAUGGACGAAGCUGCUCUGGUCGAAGCUCUGGACAGUGGUAAAGUAUUCUCAGCUGGUCUAGAUGUAUACGAGGAAGAGCCUAAGAUCCAUCCGGGACUACUCAGCAACCAGAAUGUGAUUUUGGUGCCUCACAUGGGUACUUGGACUAGUGAGACCAUGCUUUCCAUGGAAGAAUGGACGAUUGAUAACAUUCGGGCGGCUCUUGAAACCGGAUCGCUGAAAAGCCCAGUCCCAGAACAAGCAGGUCUGCAGUAA